AUGAAUUAAUAUAAUUUUAUUUUAGUCCACAAAAAUAAAGAUUUUAAUAAAUAUAAUAAAUUAGUAAAAGAUAGCCUUCCUUAAAAUUGGAUAAAGGCAAAUAUGACUAUUAAUAUACACAAUGUAGAUGAUAAUAAUAAAGCCUUAUAAUUUAUAGAAACUUACUUUUCAGAAAUAAAGGAAAAAAAUCACUAAAAUACUUACUUUUCCCCAUUAAUAGUUCUAUAAAGUAGUUUUUCUUUAUAAAAUUUAAAAGAAUUAGGUUAUAAGCAGUUAGUAUAGAAUUUCCCGUGUAUAUAAAUGAAUAAUUGGAUGAAAAUAUAGGAAAAUACGUACACUAUAUUAGAUUGGUAAAAAAAAGGAAUCAAAUAUAUCUGCUAGAGAAGUGAAAAAAUAUAAGAAGAACUAGAUUAUGCAAUUUAAUUAUGCUCUUAAGUUUAAAUUCCGUUAUGUAAUUUGGACUUUUCAAAGCCUAUUUCUUAUUUAACAGACGUUAUUUUUGCCAGGCUUUUAAAAUAGUCGAACUGUAUCAGUUGGUAUGGGAUAUAUUCGAAUAAUUAAAACAAUAAUGGUUAGACUUAGAAGGAUUUCUAGCAUUUAAUCCCUUCUGAUUUCCUUAAAAACGAAGUUGUUUUUCCGGGUCUAUAUGUAAAUCAUACUGUGGAAAUAAAUAUAGAGCUCUUAGCUUUAAAUACUAUCGCUAAUGCAGAUGAAUUAAAAAAUAUAGACAAAGAAACGUCUAUAUUAUUCGAAAUGAAGAAAAAAAUAAUGAUUAAUAUGAAGGAGAGGAUAUAGAUGAACUUACUUAGGCUAAAUAAGCAUUUAAAAUUCUGUAAACUAUGGUCUAAAGUUGGAUAAAUGAUGUGUAAUUUCACGAAAAUUAUAUUUCUGAUUAGUUUAUUUAAAAUAUACAUGCAUGGAUUUCCUCGUAAGACUCGCCUUUGUAUGAUCCAAUAUUAUCGAGGAUGUUAAAUAAAUUAACUAAGAAAAUUUUUCAGUAUUUUAUAUAGAAAUUAAGAGAUUUAGGUGCUAAAAUAGUUUACGCGACUACAAAUAAGAUUAUUUUAGAUACUGGGAAAAAUACAUAUAGGGAAAGUCAUAAUUAUGCAUAAUAUAUAUUAUAAACAGUAUUAGCUUAACCACUUUUUAAAGUAUUAACUUUAACUCCUUUGA